ACCUGACAGACCAUUGGUAUUACUCCACACUGAGACCUGAGUCCCCCGCUAUAUCUCCGGCCACGCUUCCUCCUCCCUCCCUCUGUUUCCGCAUUCCCACACGCAACCCCGAAAGUCCCACCAAACUAUGACUUCCUCAAAACGCUCCGACGACGCUCCUCCGUCGCCCCGCAUUCCACAAUCUUACUACCAACAACUCCCGUCGGACCCCCACCAGCAACCCCAACAACCUCAAUACAUCAUUCUUUUACCCCGUUACUACAACAACCGCAGCCCUCGGUUACACCUCAGCCGCACUUGGCGACGCUGUUUGAUCUGCCUACUCACUCUCGUCCUCCUCGGUCUAGCCGUCUUCCUCCUGUGGCCAUCCGACCCGGAGGUCUCCAUCGUCCGUCUCCGCCUCGAUCACUUACGCAUCCACCUAUUUCCCAAAGCCUCCCUCGACAUAACCCUAGACGUCACUGUCAAGAUUCGGAACAGAGAUUUUUUCUCCAUUGACUAUAAAUCCCUUAUUGUUGCGAUCGGGUACCGCGGGAAGCAGCUAGGCUACGCCACCUCGGAUCACGGCCAUAUUAAAGCUAGAGGUUCGUCGUAUGUUAAUGCUACGGUUCACCUGAGCGGCGUCAACAUUUUGUCGGAUAUGCUUAUGUUAAUUGAGGACUUAGCUACGGGAGAGAUAACGUUCGAUACGGAUACGAAAAUUGGUGGCCAGCUCGGCCUCGCCUUCUUUGAGAUUCCUCUCCAGGGGAAAGUGUCAUGUGAGGUUAAUGUAAAUAUCCACAAUCAGACAAUCGAGCACCAAAACUGUUACCCUGAGUGAUUAUGAUUAAGCUUGGAGACCACAUGCAGCGGCUCCAGAGUUGGCUUUGACAAACUCCCGUUCCUCAUUUAGUAUAGAGGUCUACGAUGAGUGAGAGAUUUGGGUUUGGAUCCCCUGUUUUAGCGUCUUUACUACUAGAUUAUGGCGUAUUACAUUCCCUACAGCUACGGGGAAAAAAAAAAUUAAGGAUGAUGCUGCAGCAUAUGUAUCACGUAUAAACUACGUUGGAUUUGCCUGUAUAUAAACCUUGUGUAGACUAGCAGUGUAUAAUUUCUAAUAGAAACCACCAGUUUGUCUAGCGUACUUUUUCCCUCUUCAAAUU